AUGGACAAGAUUGUCAGACGUGUGGCGCACGCCCAGCGCUCGGCCACUCGCAGAAGUCAACGGAUAGCGAGGCGACAGAAGAUUCAAACGCACUAUCGCGCCCAAGAAACUAUAAAGCAGGCCAACCGAGAAAUCAUCAACAAUAUCAAGGAUGCUAAAAAGGCUACCAAGGAGGACUGGGAGCUUGGUCCCCUGGCCCCUCAGCGCGAUCUCGGCUUCAACAACCACGGUGUCGUGAUGCACCCGAUCCGUGCGGACUGGAGCAACUACGGCCAGAUCAAGUACCAAAACAAGGUCGCUGAAAAGCGUUGCGCUUGGGCUGGAGGCGCCAAGAUGCUUAAUCUGGCCCCUGGCGACAGAGUUGUCAUCUUCGAGGGCCACGACAAGGGCAAGAUCGACACUAUCAAGACGAUCCAGCCCGAGACUGGCUCCCUUACCCUAGAAAACCACAACAGAGCCAUGGUCCAGAGCAUGCUCGACCAACCACCCCGCUCACAGGCCAUGCCCCUUUCCAUCGACGCGGUCCGACUCGUAUACCCUCUGCCCGAUCCCGUAACGGGCGUCACCAAGGAUACCAUUGUCAGACAGCUCAAGGCCGUGCCGCCGAGAAUGGAGUCGCCCAACAUGACCAUUGAGCGGUGGCGCUACGGCAACAAAUGGGAUCGCAUAGUGCCCAGCCUCAACAGAAUCAUUCCCUGGCCCGAGACGGUGGCGCCCGAGUUCGAGAUGACCGCCAACGACACGGCCCGUGACCAGGUCGAGGAGCGCACGUUCUACUACAGCCUCACCGCGCCGCCCAUGCCCGGGGGCGUCAUCGACGAGCUGCGCAACAAGUACUCCAAGUUCAGAACCAGACACGAGGACUGGUACGUGGCCGAGAAGGAGACGGAAACGGAGGCCAAGGCUCGCAAGGGCAAGACUGUGCGUGCCAUGCAGACGCCGCUGGAAGAGUUCAACGAGAUGCAGCGGGCCAUUCGCGAUGCUGCUGGCGAGCCCGAGCUGUCCGAGGACAUGCUGGCCAAGAUUGGCCAAGUCAUGGCCAAGAGCAAGGCCGAGGCGUUGGAGAGAGCUGGUGUAUCAGAGGUUGAGUCGAAGCAGUAA